AUGGACCCGCCACGACCACCAGGCACUCGUCUAGUGCUCAAUACAGCUGGACAUCUGAUCUCCGUCCCCGAAUCAAUGUUCGAUCAGCCGAGCACCUCAUUCUGGGGAAAUGGACCAACUUCAGUGCCUGUAGAUGAUGAAUGUGAUCGGGAAGAACCAGCGACACAUCAAGAAAGCUCAGAAAGUGAUUCAGAUUACAGUGACGGAGAAGAAGCAACUCCUGAGCAAUGGAAAGAGCUCGAUAAGGAACUGGACAAAGUUGUAGCUUUAUUGAAAGAAUAUGAAGCGGCAAAAGUGACGGAAACUGAUCCAGUUAAAAGAUAUAGAAAUCUCUGUCAACUUUCGACCACAUUGAAAACUAUAAGUGUAAAAGACGGUGGAUGGAAGAUUCUACAUAAAGAGCAUACGGAAAAAGAGAAAUUGGCUCUUGAUAGAGCGAAUUUCGACAUUUUAAAAUUCGUUUAUGCUAGACAUGAAAAAAUUUUGGACGAUGGAAAGUCAUUUAUUACACGUUUUGAGCUGAUAGAUGCAAAAAUUGCGGAUUUGAUUUCUCGAUUUAUUCAAAUGCACGGCGAGCAUUCAUUUCGAGCAGGAAGCCUCUCUGUCGCCGUUGGUUUUGACGAAUUUCCACCUGAAUUAACAUGGAGAACCACUCCAACCAAUAAGAUUAUAAUGCUUCGGCCAGUCGUCAUUGAUGGCGUUGCAGUGUUGAAUGCCACAAUGGACGAUGACACGUGGAUGCCCUUCAUGGAAAUCACCAAAAACUGCAGAGACUGGAUUUAUGAGCCUGAGUUGAAUCUUCCAGUCAAACCAUUAACCGAUAUAAUUCUUCUAUUCCUGAUUCGAGGUCACAAAACCACUGUAUAUCUUCCGAAAUACUAUCAGGAAUUUCUGUCAGACUGUGGAGUCUCGAAAGUUGAUGAUUUGGUGGCUUUCCAGAAAUUAAUUGAUCUGGGCUUUAUUAAAUUCCUGGAGAUCACUAAUCCAUUCAAUUUUAAAUGGUUCAAUGUAGUAGCAGACUUGGCUGAUCGCUGUGGUGCUGUAUUUGUGUCAUCAGAGGAUUAUCGCCAGAGAAAAAUGAAAAUAAAUUAUUCAAAACCGUCGGGAAGGAUCAUUACGCCGUGCUUUUUGAAUGCAGAAGACCGGUUAUUGGUUUUAGAUCCAACAAUUCGGUAUAGAAAGCCUGGAGAGAAGACGUAUACGGUUAUUUCGUCGGAUCGGAUCCUCCAAUUCGAUGAGCCCGACGACGAACGUAUCAAGCUCAGCGAGCAACUGUACCUCGACCAACAAAUCAAACUAAUUUGCUCUUUGUGCCAGCUCUACCCUGUAAAAAUGAUUAAUAAGGUGGCCAUCAAGCAGCUUCUGGAGCUCGUCGUCUUCGCCGGAGCCGAUUUCGAGAUGCCUGGAAUGAGCAUAGAGGACUAUGAAAAGCUGUACGAUCGUUAUGGACGCGAAGCGUUUUUUAACUAACGAUUUUUAAAAAUAUUUCUUAUUUGCCAUGUAUUUUUCUCAAAAUUCUCACCCCAAAACCGGUUUUCCUGUAAUAUUCGCACUCCCUUUUUUCACUGGUUUCUGUUUCAAAAUGUAAUAUGUUUCUAGCUGUGCCUUGACUUGUAAUAUUUUAUUUGUCAAGUGGAUUUUCCAUUCAGCUGAAUACUUUUUUUCAGGGAAAUUUUCAUUGCAUAACCCCGAUUUUCGUGUCGUUUUUAACAGAAUAUUCCAGUUUUGCAAAAAAAUUAAUUUGUUUAAUGAAAAACAAAUUAGU